AUGCCGGCGGCACAGUCUCAGCCGCCGGUCAAGCUCUCGUUGCCACUGCAAUUCCAACAAGAGAUCUAUCAUUUGUUGAGGGCAGAAGAUGUGCUGGUGGUACUUGCGCGAGGCUUGGGGCUCUUGAAGAUAUUGACCAACCUACUGCAUUCAUACGAUGCCGCGGGAAACUCACUAGUCAUCAUCGUGGGAGCUGAAGACCGCGAAAAUGAAUGGAUCGGAGAGGCUCUGGCUGAGCACUAUGCAAUUUCUCGAAGUCCACUUGCCAAAGGCCUUCGAGUCAUCAAUACCGACAAGGCCACUGUGGCAGCACGAGAGAAGAUCUAUUCAGAAGGUGGCAUUGUCUCGGUAACCAGCCGGAUUCUAAUCGUCGACAUCCUCUCAAAACUCCUUGAUCCCGAAACGGUGACUGGGCUGAUUGUCCUCCAUGCCGAACGGGUGAUUGCCACAAGCAAUGAAGCGUUCAUUGUGAGGACCUUUCGACAACACAACAAGAUUGGAUUUUUAAAGGCGUUUUGCGAUUCGCCAGAGCCUCUGACGUCCUCAUAUGCUCCGCUCUCUAGUAUGAUGCGGAAUCUUUUCCUUCGGAAACCAUCACUAUGGCCACGUUUUCACGUAUCAAUAGCUCAAAGCCUGGAAGGGAAAAAGACGGCAGACGUGAUUGAGCUGGAGGUGCCGAUGACGGAAGCAAUGCAAACCAUUCAAACGGCCGUCAUGGAGUGCGUGGAAGCAAGCAUUGGUGAACUUAAAAAGGCAAAUACAGGUCUGGAGAUGGACGACUGGACACUGGACUCAGCUUUGCACCAGAACUUCGAUGCCAUUGUUCGAAGACAGCUUGACCCAGUAUGGCAUCGUAUCAGCUACCGAACGAAACAAAUAGCAAAUGACCUGACGGUGUUACGGUCUAUCCUUCAUUCACUCCUCAGCUACGACUGUGUAUCUCUACUCAAGUAUCUCGACACGGUCCUCGCCAGUCAUUCGCCUCCACCUGGAUCAACAAGACAAAACCAGUCGCCGUGGCUCUUCCUCGAUGCGGCGGCACAAAUAUUCCAAACCGCCAAAGAUCGAGUGUAUAGUGGCAAGGCGGAGGAUGCUGGAGCACUUCCGUCAUCAAAACUGCCAGACUCAUUGACCCCGAAUUUGGAAGAACAACCGAAAUGGGCGGUGCUCGCAGAGAUCCUUCAAGAAAUCGAAGUGGAUUCGUACCUCAACCCACGACUUAAGGAUGACUCGAGUGACACCGUCUUGGUCAUGUGCAACGACCAAAGAACCUGCAGUCAAAUUCGAGAAUAUCUUCAAACGAUGCAUGUCAAGCCCCUGGCUCAAGACGUGGCAGAUGGACAAGCACCACAUGAAAUCGAGGCUGAAGAAGAUCGGGGUUCGGCUGAGUUUAUGCUGAGGCGGAAGCUCCGAGAGUAUCUCGGAUGGCGAAAGACAUUUGCCCAAGUGAGCGCAUCUCUCUUUGAGGAGAAUCAAAAAUCUUUGAAUGAUAUCAAGAAUAACAACAACAACGGAGUGACUUCUCGACUUAAUAGCAAAGGACCCGCCAACAAAAGGAGGCGCGUUCGUGGCGGGGGAAGCUCAGGAUUGAACCCUUCACGAACCGCGACAGGAGCCGUCGCGGUCCAUGAGGAUCGAGCCGCUCAAGUGGCAGGACUGCUUGCUGAGCUACGACCCACCGAGGCCGAGUCACAGCAGAAAGAAGAAGUAGUCAUGGACGAUCUUCAAGACGCAGGCGAAAGCUACUUUGAACUGUACACGCCAGAGGAUCAGAUUGUGGUUCACCCAUACGACGGAGAUUCGGAUGAUUUGCUCCUGGAAGAAAUCAGACCAAAAUAUAUCAUCAUGUACUCGCCAUCGCCCGACUUCAUCCGGCGGGUCGAAGUAUAUCGCUCCAGCCACACGGAUCGCAGCGUGCGGGCAUAUUUCAUGUACUAUGGAGGCAGUGUGGAAGAACAACGAUACUUGUCGGCGGUACGACGGGAGAAAGAUGCGUUUACCAAGUUGAUCCGCGAGCGUGGCAGCAUGGCAGUGACGCUCACUGAGACUGGGACUGUGGACCCGCAAGAGGCAUUUCUACGGACAGUCAACACGAGGAUUGCAGGAGGAGGACGGCUGGCGGCCACGGCAGCACCGCCGACAGUGGUGGUGGAUGUGCGAGAAUUCCGCUCCGCUUUGCCAGGCCUGCUACACGGGCGAAGCAUGCAGAUUGUUCCAUGCCAACUGACUGUCGGGGACUACGUGCUAUCGCCGACGAUCUGUGUGGAGCGGAAAUCGGUGCGCGAUCUAAUCGCCUCGUUCAAGAAUGGACGUCUGUUCAACCAGGCAGAGACGAUGCUGCAGCACUACAAAUACCCAUUUCUUCUGAUCGAGUUUGACCACAACAAGUCGUUCACGCUCGAUCCGUUUGCCGACCUGACAUCACUGUCAACCUUGAAAGCGCCCGACUCGGACAACAAAGACUUACAAUCCAAGCUGGUGCUCCUGACCCUGGCCUUUCCCCGACUUAAAAUCAUCUGGUCGUCGUCACCUUUUCAGACGGCUGAAAUCUUUGAGGAGCUGAAAAAACAACAGGAAGAGCCGGAUCCCAUGCGUGCCGUGUCGAUUGGAUUGGCGGACGAUGAGGAUCCUGAGGACAAGACGUUCAAUACUGGUCCGCAGGAUCUACUCAGGACGAUUCCGGGAGUGACAAACAAGAAUGCCAGUCGACUGUUUUUGGAGGUCAAAAACAUUCUUGAGAUAGCCAAUAUGAGUUUGGAGGAAUUGGAUCCUUUGGUUGGCAAAGAAGCCGGGAGACAGAUUGUUAGGUUCUUUACAAGGAGUGUCUUUGAUGACGAUGAGUACUGAAGAAACGGGGAAAAGAGCACACGACUGUCAUGUCAAGCAAGAGUUGAUAUUGUGAUUCCCGAGGACAAAGAACAAGAAGAAGAAAAAGC